UUUUAUUAUACAUGUUACGUUCCCGGGCAAUUAACAUUGGAGGAAUCUCUCGGGGCAAUUAAAUAUUUCGAUGAUUGAGUAUUCUUUCACAUGAUCUUCCGCUACCAAAGACAUCCGUUUAUUUAAAACAAAGGGAUUAAAAAAAAAAAAACGCCCGUGGCUCCUCCUCCAGACACCCCCUCCCAACAGUGGUGAACAGAAGGGCCUGUUCCCGCCGGAGACACUAUCCUUGCAGUGUUUGGGGCUGUUCAGAAACUGUCAUCCUUAGAAGAGAUUUUUUUCCUAAUAUCAAACAGACCUGCUGCUAUUCCCGGGGCCUGUGCACCCGGGCCGAGGACACCCGCCCCCGGUCGGCGGGAGAAAACGCGGAUCGCUGACGGCGCGUCCACGCCGCACACAGCGUGAGGGCAGCGAGCUCCUAGCUCCAGGUUGCCCGGGAGCACGUGCGGCGCCCGGUUCCCCUGGGAAGCCGCGGACGGGACGGGGUCGUGCAGGCGCUCGGAGGCCCCCGGCUGCAGGGACGGCGGCUGCGCGGGCGGCGCCGGAGUCCUCGGAGCGCACCCGCCGCGGCCAGGUCCCACGGGAGGCUCCCGCCCGCUCCGAAUCACCGCUCGUGGCCUUCCUAAAGGGCUCCUCGCUGACGCCGCGCGGGGCCCCGCAGAGAGGCUGCCACCGCCAGUGCGCCGCGGCCCGGCAGCGCUCUCCAGUGGAAACGCGUCGGCAGGAUACUUGUCCCGGUGCGCACGCCGUACCGCGCGGCCGCGGGGGUGAGGGCGCGCGACGGAGAUGGGCGAGGCCGUGUCGAAGAGGCUGAAGCUGCAUCUGAGCGCGGAGGCAGAAAUGGAGGAGCGGGCGUUCGCCAAUCCCUUCCUGGACUACGAGGCCGCCGCCUCCGCGGCGCUUGCUGCCGGAGCGGCGGAGGAGCCAGGCUGUACUCGCCCCACGCCCACCAACAACGAGCUCGGCCUGCCUUUCCACGACGACGGGAAGAUUAUUUUUAAUUUUGCAAGGAGGAUCCAGAACAAAAUCAAAGAUCUUCUACAGCAAAUGGAAGAAGGGCUGAAGACAGCUGAUCCACAUGAUUGCUCUACCUAUACUGGUUGGACAGGCAUAGCCCUUUUGUACCUGCAGUUGUACCGAGUCACGUGUGACCAGACCUACCUGCUCCGAUCCCUGGAUUACGUAAAGAGGACACUUCGGAAUCUGAAUGGCCGCAAGGUCACUUUCCUCUGUGGAGAUGCUGGGCCCCUUGCUGUAGGAGCUGUGGUAUAUCAUAGACUCAAAAGUGAUUGUGAAUCCCAGGAAUGCAUCUCAAAACUUUUGCAGCUCCAGAGAACCAUUGUCUGCCAAGACUCAGAGCUUCCCGAUGAGCUGCUCUAUGGACGGGCAGGGUACCUGUAUGCCUUACUCUACCUGAAUACGGAGAUCGGUCCAGGCACCGUGUGUGAGUCCGCUGUUAAAGAGGUUGUCAAUGCUGUUAUUGAAUCGGGCAAAGCCUUGUCAAGGGAAGAAAGGAAGGCUGAGCGCUGUCCCCUGUUAUACCAGUGGCACAGGAAGCAGUAUGUUGGUGCUGCCCAUGGUAUGACUGGGAUCUACUACAUGCUACUGCAGCCAUCAGCAAAAGUGGACCAAGAAACCUUGACAGAAAUGGUGAAACCUAGUAUUGAUUAUGUGCGCCACAAAAGAUUCCGAUCUGGGAAUUAUCCAUCUUCAUUAAGCAAUGAAACAGAUCGAUUGGUCCACUGGUGCCACGGUGCUCCAGGUGUCAUCCACAUGCUUAUGCAAGCCCACAAGGUUUUUAAAGAGGAAAAAUACCUGAAGGACGCCAUGGAGUGCAGUGAUGUGAUAUGGCAGCGAGGUCUGCUGCGGAAGGGCUAUGGCAUCUGCCAUGGGACUGCAGGAAAUGGCUAUGCUUUCCUUUCCCUUUACCAUCUCACGCAGGAUAAAAAGUACCUCUACCGAGCUUGCAAGUUUGCAGAGUGGUGUCUUGAGUAUGGAGCACAUGGGUGCCGCAUUCCCGACAGACCCUAUUCUCUCUUUGAAGGAAUGGCCGGUGCGAUUCACUUUCUCUCUGACAUCUUGGCACCAGAGACCUCGCGGUUUCCAGCGUUUGAGCUCGGCUCUUCACAGAGGGAUGAGAAAGUGCAGGGAGACUAGAGGCCUGUUUGGGCCCAAAGCUACCAGAUUGCUGAACACUGGGCAUAGAACCAACUGCAAAUCCUGAUAAAAAGGAGAAGAAACACCCUCACAGGCCCCCUUGUGUUGCAAAGACCCUCAAGUUAAGAGCAUGAGUGACAGAAACCAUCCCAUCAGUGUUUUGUAACAAGUUCCCCUUGCCGGUGUUGGAAAUGAAAUAUGCACACCCAAUUCUCUGUAGCAUUUGCAUGUUUCUUGGUGUGUGUUGUCUGUAAGUUGUUCUAAACAGAAAGCCCUUCUCUUCCCCAGAGCCAGGAGCUGUCUGUACAUGGGAGCAGGCGGCAGCCCCCCCCUCAGUAGAUGAUUCCUGAAGAGGGGUGUCUGCUGUGUUGACAAACAGGAAGUCAGGUGCUGUCUCUCUUCUGUAUAGGGAAAAUUCUCUAACGUGAUAGCCUAGUGAUAAUACUUUUUUCAGCACCUGGGAACCUUUCAGAUGAGCAGGAGGAAGAAACCACUCCAAAACCUGAAAAGAAACAGAACAGAUGGGAGGGAAAUGGUUGGGGGCGUAAGCCUUUCCGCACGGUAGUUGAACUCUUCCUCUUUGUAUUUCGAGCUCACCUUAGUGUCUUUAAGAGCCAAAGGGAGGGCACCGUAGCCCUCCUAGGACCCCCCGUUCUCAGCAGAGGUCAGGCGCUCUGUGUGAAGUUCCAGAGGCUCCUUGCAGUCCAAGGCCACAGCUGCCCUUGGGGGUGGGCUUCAUGGCAUCGGCGACAGCAGUCCAGGGAAGCCUUUUCAUGGCGACAUUGUACAUCAGGUAGCAGUGACUGUGUGUUGGCAAUUUUGGAUUCUGUGUGUAUUAUUAGAACAGACUGUACCUCAAUUUUGUCAAUAUUAUAACUUACUGUUCUAAGUUCAAUGAUACAAUUCCAGAUGGGUGAUAAAUAGGAAAAUUUUCAGCUGUUCCCCUGUCCCUGCAAUUAAACUUAUUUCAAAAUA